GAAUGUGCAGAUGUCUCAAUAGGGGAUUGGAAACUGAAUGGCUGGCAGGUGGGGGUUUUAUUAUUAGCCUUCAACAACUUCAUUUCAUGCAUUUUUCAUGUAUUAUUCUUUCUCCCAACCCCACAAAAUCAUCCUCACGUCACACAAAGGAUGAAGCAAAAUUGACAAUGGAGAAAGCUGAGAAUUAUGGUAUUACUGGUAUCACCAAAGGAAUAAUUUAAGAUCCAAUUCAUAUAAAGCCCAACUAUCUUUGCAUGCCAACGCAAAUUCUUAUGCUAAACUAGUACAAGUUGCACUACUUUGGCACAAGCAUUAAGCCCUCCAUCAAUGGCUCCAUGGGUUGAAGAACUCCAUUUCCCUCACUUGGAAAUCCCUGUAACCAUUUCUCAUGUUGGUCUUGUCAUGCCAUCCGGGAUCGUUCCGACCGCACCUGGCCACACCCUCUACCUCUCUAACCUGGAUGAUAUAAUUGGUGCCCGUGUUUUCACUCCAACUGUAUAUUUUUAUCCAUCUCAUGCUCUGAGUUCUGACCGGAAACUGGUCAUGGAAAUACUCCGCAAUGCUCUUGCCAGUGUUUUAGUCCCUUACUACGCCUUUGCCGGUAGGAUCAGGGAGACCAAAAAUGGGAAGCUGGAAGUGUUUUUUGGGCAAGAACAAGGUGCACUCAUGGUCGAGGCACGCACAGAAAUGGCCUUAGCCACCCUAGGAGACCUUACAGUUCCAAACCCAGCAUGGCUUCCAUUGGUCUACUUCUGCCCCAAUGAAGAGCCAUACAGACUCAUUAACAUGCCAUUACUCAUAGCUCAGGUUACCUUUUUCAGCUGCGGUGGCUUCAGCCUCGGCCUGCGGCUCUGCCACUGCCUCUGCGAUGGCCUCGGUGCCAUGCAAUUCGUUCGUGCGUGGGCUGCCACAGCAAAAGCGGGCACCUUAAUAACAAAUCCUAGGCCAUGUUGGGAUCGAGAAUUCUUCAAGCCACGGAACCCACCCAUCAUAAAAUAUCCACACAUCGAGUUCAUGAGGAUUGAUGAUGGCUCCAGCCUAACAAUGAGUCUAUGGCAAAAGAAGCCAAUUCAAAAGUGUUAUCGAAUUAGCCCAGAAUUUCAAGCUCAACUCAAAGCUUUAGGACAACCAGCUGAUGGCAAGUUCACAUGCACCACAUUUGAUGCCAUGGCAGCUCAUGUUUGGAGGUCCUGGGUGAAAGCCCUUGAUGUGCAGCCAUUAGACUACAAUCUUCGCCUUACCUUUUCGGUCAAUGCUCGGCAGAAGCUUCAAAACCCGCCAUUAAAAGAGGGGUUUUAUGGCAAUGUUGUGUGUGUGGCAUGUGCCACCAGCACAGUAUCCAAUCUUGUUAAUGGCCGCCUCUCUGAUACCGCCAGGUUGGUUCGAGAAGCAAGGCUCAGCAUCUCAGAGGAGUACCUGAAAUCUACACUGGACUAUGUUGAGGUGAACAGGCCAAGGAGGCUUGAAUUUGGUGGGAAAUUGACCAUAACACAAUGGACUAGAUUCUCAAUAUAUGAGUCUGCAGAUUUUGGGUGGGGAAGGCCAGUUUAUGCUGGAACCAUAGACCUCACUCUCACACCACAGGUUUGUGUUUUCCUUCCUGAAGGAGGGUCUGAUUCAAGUGGUACAAUGGUGGUGUGCAUUUGCUUGCCUGAGUCUGCUACCAACAAGUUUACAAAGCAUUUAAGUAUGAUAUUGGAUUCAAGCCAUGAAAAUUGUUGAUAGCAGCAAACCGUAUAUCAGUUGUUGAAGCUGGGAAUCAUGCAAUGCUGCAUUUCAUGGUUCAUAAACAUUUGAUUGUUGAACAAAAAUUUAUAAAUUCAUUUAAUUUGGGUGGGUGUGACUUCUUGUUCA